AUGAAAAACUAUUUCAUUUUGAAAACCUUAUGCACAUACAUUUACCUUGCAGGAGGGGGUGAUAUGUGGUUUGAGGAAGGCGAAAUAAGCAAGGGAAAGAGUUUGUUAUACCAGCUUUACUGUUGCAUAUUAUUUUCUAUUUACAUAUCAAUGACUGUAUUGGAAAUUAUAGGUGUUUUCUUUGGUGACAUGCCUAGUGACGAAAGGAGCGAUUGUACCACCUUCGCUGUAAGUCACACUAUAGUUCUCGGAAAAAUGUUUUCAGUCAUCGUGAAUAGAAAGCGAGUCAAAGAAUUGAACAAGAAGUUGGUAGAAAUUUGCAAAGAUCAUGAAGAGGAACAGCGAUUGGCUCAGAAUUAUAGAAUUAUAAGGAUUAAUGUUGUGGCAUACGCGGUGUCUGUCUAUAGCUCGUUUUUUUUCUUUCUUUUUGAAGGGAUUCGGAAGAUGAUGACAGGGUCUCACUUUAUAACAAUAGUAACAUACUGGCCGUUUUACGAAGACAAUUCCGCCAUAGCUGUGUCCUUCAGAUUCUUCACAACACUAGUGUUAGCCGUUAUGAUGGUCACCAUGAUUUGUAUCGACUCCUACGCAAUAGUCAGCCUGAUCAUGUACAAAUACAAGUUCAUGACCUUGAGAUACUAUUUGGAAGGAUUGAGGGGGCAAUUUGAUAGGAAUAAUUGUGCGGGAAAUGAGGAAUAUGCUACUGAGCAGUUGCAUGCUGGAUUGGUUGAAGGAAUCGUGAUGCAUAGUAAUCUUAUAAGGUUAUCAAAAGACAUCGACCGGUGCGUGGGCGCAGUGCUGGCGCUCCAAGUAUGCCUGAGCUCGGGCUCCGCCGUAUCCUUGCUGUUGCAGUUGGCCCUCUCAAAGGACUUGACUCUGGCCGCCCAAAUGAAAAUAAUCCUGUUUGUGGUAGCGUUGUACUUUCUACUCGCACUUUUCCUGUGCAACGCUGGCGAAAUCACUUAUCAGGCAUCUCUACUAUCCGAUUCGAUCUUCUACUGCGGCUGGCACGCGUGCACGACGCGACGCGACGUACGCCGUCUAGUUCUGUUCUCGGUGGCGGCGGCGCAACGACCAAUCGUCAUGAAGGCCUUCAACAUGUUGCAGCUAACUUAUGGUACCUUUAUACAGGUUGUCAGAGGCACAUAUUCGGUCUUCGCCCUGAUUUAUGCUCAAACAAGUCAAUAG